UAAGCACCAAGGUCUCUGUGAUUAGCAGGCAUAGAUAUAUGUGUAUGCACACCUCCGGUCAGACCACUCAGCGCCACAUCCUCAGCUCAGACCACCAGACCUCACUGAAGACUCAUGGCUGACAAGAAGAUGGAGAUGGGGGAAGUCGGGGCUUCUCUUAUGCCUUCAGAGUCCACGCCGGCUCCAGCCAGACCUCCGAACAAAUUUGAGAAGCUCUUUCAGCCGUGUCUGGCCGAGGUGGUGGGAACUACUUUCUUUGUGUUUAUCGGGUGUGUGUCGGUCAUCGAGAAUGUGGAGUCUGCAGGGAGGCUUCAGCCAGCUCUGGUGCACGGUCUGGCUGUAGCCGUGAUGGUGGCUUGCAUGGCUGAGAUCAGUGGAUCCCAUUUCAACCCCCCAUUCACCCUCGCCAUCUAUCUCUGUGGGGGGAUGGAGAUGAAUAUGGUGGCCCCGUAUAUUGCAAGUCAGUUGGUGGGAGGGGUGCUUGGAGCUGCUAUGGCGAAGAUGAUGACCUCGAGGGAGAACUUCGCCAAAGCCCACGGGGCUGCGUUUGCUCUGCUGCAGCCAGGCAGCGAGAUCGGGGGAGCUGUGUUUGGAGAGGUCGCCAUGACCUGCCUGGUCACCAUGGUGGUGCUACUGGGGGCGGUCAACACCAAGACCAGAAGCCCCCUGGUGCCCUUCAUGGUGGGAUGCACUGUUGUCAUCAACAUCUUGGCUGGUGGAGAUGUUUCUGGAACCUGCCUCAACCCCGCCAGAGCCUUCGGUCCGGCCAUAGUGAGCAACUACUGGGGUUAUCACUGGGUCUACUGGGUGGGACCCACUACAGGAGGCCUGAUAGCUGCGGCACUGGUCCGACUCCUCCUUGGAGACAGGAAGAUCCGGCUCUUUCUGAAAUAAGAUCCUCUGUGAUGAACUUUAGUGGGAUGAAUCAUGAGAUGGUUUUAUCAUCUGCAGUUACAACCUUCUCCACUAAGAUGUGUGUGUAUGAUUAUGCUUUCUUUGCUAUAGAAUAAGACUUUUUCACACAAUUAAAGAUACUUAUUUUUGUUUUUGGCCACGUUAAGUGUGCAUCUGGUACGAGUGAGUCUGAUGGUUAUGAAUGUGAUAUUAUGCUCAGCUCAUGAGGUUAUUUAGGAUGAUGCUGGUCCACCACACUACUUCAGAUAAAGAAGUUAAACUGAAUUGUAGAUGGUUAGUAAGCUGAGUGAACUCUUGCGUAGGGACGGACAAUACAUUUUUAAAAUGCAAUAUGAUACUGAACCCUUUUGAUACUAAUUCCAAUACAUAUUCAUUUCAAAAUAUUGGUAAUUGAAAAAAACAAAUAAUUACCCUCAAAGGCAAAUCGCAUGACAUAUACAGGACAUUAAUAGCUAAUUCAUUGCAAGUGUGUAAAAAAACCUGUCCAGUAUUGUAUAUUAAAUAAUAAGCCUCGUGAAAACUUUCAA